AUGGUGAACCCUAUCCCUCAAGAAAUAAAUGAGAAUAAUGAAUUGUUGGAGAUAUCUAAAUUCCUUGAAAAGUAUUACCUUUCUACCAUGUAUGCUUUGGAGUUCAUUUUUGGCAUCAUUGGCAACAGCAUUGUCGUUUUUGGCUACAUCUUUUGCCUCAAAACCUGGAAAAGUGGCAAUAUCUACCUGUUCAACCUAACACUGUCAGAUUUUGCAUUCCUGUGCACACUUCCAUCAUUGGUGUCAACUUAUUCCGAAGGAAAAUGGUCAUAUAAUAUCACUUGGUGCAGAAUCAACAGGUUUCUCCUGCAUGGCAACCUAUAUAUAAGCAUCCUUUUCCUUACUUUUAUCAGUAUUGACAGAUACAUGCUUGUGAAGUAUCCCUUCAGAAACAACUUUCUACAGAAGAAAAGCAUGGCCAUUGUUUUCUCAAUGGCCAUAUGGGUCUUGGUGUUGUUGGAACUAGCACCCAUAUUUGUCUUCACCACAAUUGCCAAAACGAAUAACGCUAGCCAUUGUACAGAUUAUGCAAGUUCAGGAAAUGCACGCGACAGCCUAAUCUACAGCAUGUUUUUGACAGUAGCUGGGUUUCUCAUGCCCUUGUGCAUCAUGUGCGUUUUCUACAUGAAGAUCCAUGCCUUCCUUAAAAAGCGCAACUCACAGCUCACUACUGCCCCAUCAUUUGAGAAGCCUUUCACCUUAAUCCUCAUGGCUGUGGGCAUCUUUUCACUGCUCUUUACUCCCUACCACAUAAUGCGCAAUGUUAGGCUUGCCUUCCGAAUGGAACGUCAGAAGUUUUCUGCAGAGACACAGGAACUUAUCAAUAUUAUUUACAUUCUUACUAGGCCUGUUGCCUUUUUAAACAGCGUAAUUAACCCCGUCUUUUAUUUCUUAAUGGGAGAUCACUUCAGGGAGAUGCUGAUAAGUAAAGUAAGGCAUAUCUUUAAAAGGUUUACACCAUGUUGCAAUGAAUUUAAGCAUGGCUCUCAGACUGCCAGGAGGCCCUCAGAAGAAUAA